AUGCUCCUUCUUCCCCUCUGCCCUACCGUUCCAGUGAGAGUGACACCGACUGUCCAGGCCCGCGCCGCCGAUGCCGGUGGCAACCUAUUCGUCUGCGCCGAUGCCAACUGGCAGGGAAGCUGCACUAACAUCGGAUUCGGCGCCAGCCAGUGCGUCGUCUUCCCCAGUGGGUUCCAGAACGACGUGUCUGCCAUCGGGCCGCCGUCGGGAUGGGUCUGCGACGCCUACGUCAACUUCUCGUGCACUGGCGAUGGUCUUGGUGACAUCACGAACCCCGGUAUCGCCGACCUCGGUGACGGCAACACGAACUAUAAUGACCGCCUGAACUCCUUCGUCUGUCUGCUUCUCUGAGUAAAGUUG